UGACUGCCUCAGGGGCGCCUGAAGACUGGGAGGGCGGCGGCCAUUUUGUCCGCCCCUGGCUUGGCCUGGGAGGGGCGGGGGAGAGAGAGAGAGAGGCCAAGCACCACCUCCAAGCGCCGGCUGCCUGUGGCUGCUUCUUUGGCCUGCUUUUCUCUCCUGCCGCCGAUUGUUUUCUUGGUGCUAGCUUUGUCAGAGAAGCAUUUCACAAUUCUCUAUAUAGUCUUGCUUAGCCCAGUGGCAUUUCUUGUGGGUUAUGCCAGGCAUUGUAAGCCAUCAUAUAUCCCGGGUGAGGAGUCUGUACAAGAAGAUCCUGCAGUUGCACAGGGCUUUGCCACUGGAGCUGAAGGCUUUGGGAGAUCAGUAUGUGAAAGAUGAAUUCCGAAGACACAAAUCAGUCAAUCCUGAAGAGGCUCAGAGGUUCCUGCAGGAAUGGGAGAACUAUGCAGCAAUCUUGUGGCAGCAAACUAGCCAACAUGUAAGGGGUUCAACUGGUCGACCUUGCUUUGGGUCUGACCUUUCAGAGGAGAAACUGAAUGCCCUUCGAGAUGAACAAAUUGGACAGCUACAGGAACUAAUGGACGAAGCUACAAAACCCAAAAGACAGUUUGAUAUUUUGGAUGAUACAGAUUACAAAACAUAAAAUACUUCUAUAAAUGUAUUGAAAAGUUUUUUUUAAUGGUGCUUCUUAUGGCUGUACUUUGCAAGACAAUCUCACUGUCAGAAGAAUGAAUAAAUGACGCUGAUGUACAUUC